UUGGCUCCCUGCAACUGCUAACACUAUUCCAGCAAAUGCGACGCAUAGAGUUGGUAUUGGUGCUUUUGUCUUGAAUGAAAGGAAUGAGGAAACAAAAGGAAGACAUGGAUUAUUUUCUUGGGCCCUGACUAUUAGGUGACCUGCAGCAGGAAAGUUUAGCAUAGUGUCAUUGUUAUUUGGCAAGUUUACAAGAUGUUCAUGUUUGAUCAAGAUUUCUAUCCAACGUUAGAGUUAUCAUGGACAAUGUUAUGGAAUUAUUUGGGCAGAAUAACGUCAUAAAGGGGAAAAUAGUUUAGAGGUAGGUACGUGAAGGUGUUUAACAAAGCCUCUGGCGUGGAAAUGGUUCUGGAGUUCGUGGGAGAAAAAAACAGCAAUAUGGAGGAGGCUGAUUCCCUGAUAAAGAUCAGCAAAUGGAGGAGGUGCUAGUUGUCCAAGAAAAGAAUGGCCGAUUCCAUGGAACCGGUAUGUGGAAGUUUCCUACAGGAGUACUUGAUGAGGGUGAGGAUAUAUGUGAUGCAGCUGUCCGAGAAGUAAAAGAAGAGACAGGGGUUAAUGCAAAGUUGGUAGAAAUAUUGGCAUUCAGACAGAGCCAUAAGUCAUUUUUUGACAAGUCAGAUUUGAUGUUUGUCUGCAUGCUAAAGCCUCUCUCCUUUGAUAUCCAGAAGCAGGAUGCGGAGAUAGUCGCUGCUCAGUGGAUGCCAUUUGAACAAUAUGCAGCUCAGCCAUUUGUCCAAAGCCAUGAGCUUCUCAAGUACAUUUCUAACAUAUGCUCGGCGAAGAUAGAGGGCAGGUAUACUGGAUUCUCAUCAGUUCCUACAGUGACCAGUUUUUCUCAGAACAAGACCCACUUGUACAUGAACAACAAGGUCAGAACAAUUGGUAGCGACGACCAGUAGUGGAGUCAGAAUUUUUACCAAAGGGAUUCAGAAUAUUAAAGAGUAAACACACGAACAUGGCAAGGGGAUUCAAUAUCUGCUAUUUAUGCAUAAAAACUAAUUUUAACCUUA